AUGAAAGCUACCGAAGAAUGGAUUGAUGAAGUCAAUGCAAAGGCUCAAGUUAUCCUAAUUGCAUUUCCUGGUGCCAUUAAUCAGAGCGGUUCAGGACCUCCAACCACCCAGAUUGACACAUUCCAGAUUAUGAGCAUCAACUGCGGGAACGUCUACGACAGUGAGGUCCCCUACGACUGCACCCUUCCUUACUCCUGCGUCCUCCACUACUACUGUGUCCCCCAAUACUACUUAGAAUAUAAAGUCUUUGCAUGGCGAACACAGACAAUUAUCAGCGAUGAAAAAGUUAGGGUUCAAGAUUCUCACCAAUAG